AUGGCCAACCUCGUGCCCACCCUUAGCUACGUGUCCUUCGAGGUGGCUCGAACCUGCGAGGAAACUCCCGGCACAAGAGCAGCUAGGGCCAAGUGCGAGCAACUAACCGCGGCGAUCGCAGACGCGGUCAACAACGUGGCGGAGGCGGAGGUGUUGUUGUUCGUCAAGUCACUGAACGAUCUCCCGGAACUCCUUGCACGGGAACGGGAGGUGGCGCGGGGCAUGGUAAAAACCGUGAUGGACAAAGCGCCAUCCGCGGGGGCCGCGGCCCGGUGGUUAAUUAUCAUGCAUACGUCGCGCGAGCUCAUGUGGGUAGCCCGAACCCUCGUGGAGUACCGGCGCGCCAUGACUUUCGAGUCGAGGGACGUGGAGGAAGCCGUCCAUUGGCUGGAAGCGCGCGCCUCGCCUCUGCCGCGCGCUUGUGUGCUUCUCGGCACACUGGAGGAUGAUGAUAAUGAGGGAGAGGCCUAUGUUCCGCCGAAGGAACAGGAGGAGGAAGAGUUGGAGGAACACGAGGAGGAGGAGGAACAGGGGGAGGAACACGAGGAGGAGGAGGAGGACGAGGAAGAGGAGGAGGACGAGGAGGAGGACGAGGACGAGGAGGAGGAGGAGGAGGAGGAGGAGGAGGAGGAGGAGGAGGAGCGAGGGCUACAGGGGCAGGGAGCGACUCCUGCGGAGGGCGGCAAGAAGGCGGUGGGUCAAGCAGCGGCCCCGGCCGUUCCCAACCCCCAAACUACAGAAAAAGUGCAAGAAGUCGCCGGUUGCGAAGGGGGUUCGUCCCAGGGAUCAGGUGCAGCACCCAGGGGUCACUUGUCCUCGCUCACGAACGCGGCGGGUGCUGCGUCAGCCGCCAGGCCGGCAAAGAGGCCGAAAAGGCAGUGUGAUUGA